AUAGAAAAUAGUUGGCAUAGCGGGAAGGAUAGGAUCACGUUGUACCAUGUUUUGGUUUACGUUAAGCGCUGUUUUACUUUUAUAUGCAUUGCGAUAUCGUUAUCCGUACUUCAUCAAAGAAGCACUAUACGUGUUCAGGCUUUUCUCAGUUGGAUAUCGCCUGUCAAAACGCAAAACAUCCAAACCAUACUAUACCUUAGUGGAUCGAUUUCUGGAUUCCGUUAAGAAAAACCCAAACAAAGCGUUUAUUCGCUUUCAGGAUGACACAUAUUCAUAUCUGGAUUCGGAUAAACAGAGUAAUAAAAUCGCGAUGACUUUGUUAAAGCACGCAAAUCUUCAUGAAGGAGAUACAGUUGCGCUUCUCAUGGGGAAUGAGCCCAUGUUCUUGUGGAUAUGGUUGGCUUUGGCCAAGAUUGGAUGUUCAGCUGCUUUUCUCAAUUACAACAUUAGAUCGAAAUCACUGCUGCACUGUUUCUCCUGCUGUGGGGCCGGUGUGUUGAUUGCUGCUGCAGAAUUACAGGAUGCUGUUGAGGAGGUGUUGCCUGCACUGAGAGAGCAGGGGGUCUUGGUUUAUAUACUGACAGAUAAUGUUAACACUGAGGGAAUGCAGAGUCUAACCGACAAGAUCAGCCAUGCUUCAGAUGAGUCCAUUCCUGCAGAUCUGAGAGCAAAUGUUACCUUCAGCAGCCCUGCGGUGUAUAUCUAUACAUCAGGCACAACAGGUCUUCCAAAGGCAGCACUGAUUAAUCAUCAAAGGUUGUGGGCAAUGGCCUUUUUCCAGCUCCUGUGUGGAGUGACCUCUGAUGAUUUGUUUUAUGUGAACCUUCCCUUGUAUCACAGUGCUGGCUUUUGCCUUGGAUUUUUAGGAUCCAUUGAACGAGGAGCCACUGUGGUCUUAAGGAGAAAGUUCUCUGCCUCUCAGUUCUGGAAUGACUGCAGGAAAUACAAUGUAACAGUGAUUCAGUACAUUGGAGAGACAAUGCGCUACCUCUGCAAUACACCAAAGCGUUUUAGUGACCCAGUACACAACGUUAGAAUCGCCUUUGGGAAUGGGCUCAGGGCAGAUGUUUGGAGGACAUUUAUAAGCAGAUUCGGUCAAAUUGAUAUCAAAGAAUUCUAUGGUGCAACCGAGGGGAACAUGAGCUUCCUGAACUUCUCUGGCAAAAUUGGGGCUGUCGGCAGAGUGAACCCUUUUCAUAAGAAAUUGAACCCAUAUACCUUUAUCAAGUAUGACCUGGAGCAAGAGAUGCCUGUUAGGAAUGCAGAUGGAUUUUGUCAAGAAGUUGCUCAAGGUGAGAUAGGUCUCCUGGUAUCAAAGAUUACCGAGAGGUCUCCUUUUUAUGGAUAUGCCAGGGAUCCAAAACAGACACAGAAGAAGAAACUGUACAAUGUGUUUGAGAAGGGUGAUGUUUACUUCAACUCUGGUGAUCUGUUCAGUAUAGACCAGGAAAAAUUCAUCUACUUCCAGGAUCGGGUGGGCGACACUUUUAGGUGGAAAGGGGAGAAUGUGUCUUCAAAUGAGGUGUCAGACAUGAUGACAAUAUCAACGAGUAUUGAUGAAGCGAACGUGUAUGGUGUAACAGUUCCAGGACACGAGGGUAGGAUAGGAAUGGCUGUCAUCGUAUUAAAGGAAGGACAACAGUUUGAUUGUGAUGGUAUUUUUAGUCAUGUGACCACUUACCUUCCCUCUUACGCAAGACCACGUUUCAUAAGGAUUCAGAACUGUUUGGCUGUUACUUGCACCUUCAAACUGCUCAAAGUGAGGCUGGUAGAGGAAGGCUUCAACCCUGCAGUAAUCAAUGACCCGCUGUUUAUCUUAGAUGAGACAGUGAAAAGCUACAGACCUCUGACACAUGAGAUAUACCAGUCAAUACUUGAGGGUCACUUCAAAUUGUGAAGAGUAGGUUUAGCUUUUUGUUAUAAGUUAAAUGAGAGAUUGCAUUGUUUCGAUCAGAUUUUUAUAAAGACAGGAUAUUAGGCUAACACUGUAAUGAUGGGGAAAAAUGCUUAUUGCUUAUUUUGUGUAUUAGAAAACUCUUGAGGGAACUGUUUUUUAUUGUAUAAUAUUUCGAAAUCACAAGUUUCCUCAAAAAGAUAAAUAAUAAGAAAACGAAAGUGCUUAAUUGUCAGUCUGAAAUGUAAAUCUUGAAUAAUUUGAUGCAUUAACUUUCCUCUGUGGUCUGCAGUAAGUAUCUAGUGUUUUCUGUAAGAUGAUUGGCUGCUGUUGAAAACCACCCACUCAUUCAUGUCUCAAAGGUUGAAUUGGAGUAUGAGGGUUGCCAAAUUAUCCACAAAUUCAAUGUAGGUCAGCUUUAUUUAAAUACUUAGAUUUACUGUAUGGAGGACGAAACCUGCUAAAAUACACAAAUAAAUAAAUAAAGUAAUCUGCAUAUCCUUGCAUAAAUAAAUACAUGAAAAUUAAUGUGCAAAUAAAUAAAUGCACCAAUCAAUGCAAAAAUAAUAAUAAAAUAUAAAAUGGUCGAGGAAAUGCAAAAUUGAAAGUUCUUUUUUUUUUUUAUUUCUCAUUCUAUAUUUCAUUAAUCAUUUAUUUCUGUACGCCGUUCCGUAUUUAUUUUUCUUUAGUGUAAUAUGCUAAUGAGAGUAUUUCAACAGCUGUUCAGGCAUCACAGUCAAAAUAAGAAGUGCAGAAGGAGUUUGCCGUUUCACCAUGGUGAAGAAAAGGUCAAUUGCAGAGUUGCUCCCCAAGGCAAUAUAGUUUGGAGAAUCAUACAAGCGAGAUAAUUUACUAAACUUUUAUUUAUUGAUUGAAUGUGAACAUUUGGUAUUGUCCUUAUUAUGUCAUAGUCAAGCGAAGCACUUUGACAAUGAUCAGUCAGUGAUGUCAAAGUCUGCUUACUGAUGUUUGAUUGACAGCCUCUCAAUAGCAUGUUUCACGGAGCGUUACACAUUAUAUAUAUGAUUUAUGAAAUGUAGAAUUAAAAAUCAACUUUCAAUUUUACAUUUGCUUUAACAUUUUUUAAUUUCCCCAAACGUUGUAUAUUGUGUUAUUUUGCAUUAAUGGGUGCAUUUAUUCAUGUAUUUAUAUAAUUAUUUGUAUUUCUCGCACAUUAAAUUUUUUUUAUGCACAAAUAAAUUGAUUUAUUUACUUAUUUAUGUAUGGAUUUUGUUUAUUUAUUUGUUUAUUAUUUUUGCAGGUUUCAUCCUCCAUAGUCUGGAGACAGUAAAACUACAUUAAAGUGUCAUUAAAAACAAAGAGGACCUUAACACACUCAUGAUUAAAUCAUUUUGGGGGUAUAUAUUAAUUUUAAUUAUAUAUUUGUAAACACAUUUCAUAUCUUGAAAAACAAAUUAAGGAUUAUGUUUGAGAGUGUGAAAAAGUAUUUAAAUAUCUUUAUUUGAUAGAUUUUCUUUUAAAUGCUAUAAAUGUUUUUUUAAAAUAUUAAUGAAACCAGCACAGACGCAAAGAUUACAUUUCUACUAACUUAACUCAUGUUUAUAACAGAACAAUAAGUAUUUAUAAAUUGUAUCAUCUCAGACCAUUUAUAUUCUGUAUAUGACUCAUGGAUGGACCUAUAUAUCCAGUUUUUUUUUCUAUGAUGCUUAUUUAGUUAUUUUUUUGCAUUUAAUUUUAGUUAUUAAAAAGCCUGUCUGAAAUGAUGUGUAUAAAUAUUGUAAUUAUAUCAAUAUUUGGGGAACAUUCAAUAUUGAAGUGCAGUGAGUGAGCCCCUAAAUGCUCAAAACAUGCCCUAGUUGCCAAUAAAGAUAAUAAUGUUCAUAGCAAUGCGCAUAUUAGUUUCCUAUUGUAUAUUACAA